CCCUCCCGAAGGAGGAGGACUGGAGCCCGGCCCUGGCUGCUGCUUCUGUCCCAGAGAGGCGCCUUCUUUCCCCUCGGAGCCCUCCUCGGCCGUUGCCUCCAUCGCAGAGCCUCCUCCUCCUCUUCCUCCAAUGGCCGGGCGGCCCGGGUUCCCGCUCACCCCGCCGCCGGAGAGGCUCCCCUCUAUGGCCCACUCGGCCCCUCCGCCGCCUCCCGCGGGGCUCUUGCGAGGAGGACCCAGCCCCGCCGGGGCCGCCGCCACCCCAUUCCGGCCCAUGGCGCACGGGGCCCUCUUCCAACGGCAGGCAAUGCUGCCUGGUGGCCGGAUGCCCAUGACAGGAUUACAAGUGGGAGCCCCCUCAGGGCCUCCAUAUGGAACAGCUUCUCCAAUGAGACCUGGAUUGCCACAGUCCAUGAUGGAUCCAUUCCGAAAGCGCCUCCUUGGGCCACAGACCCAACCUCCAUCUCUAACCCAAAGGCGAGGGCUCAAAAGGCGGAAGAUGGCAGACAAGGUCCUGCCACAGCGGAUUCGUGAGCUGGUUCCAGAGUCUCAGGCUUACAUGGAUUUACUGGCCUUUGAACGCAAGCUGGACCAGACCAUUGCCCGCAAGAGGAUGGAGAUCCAGGAGGCGAUCAAGAAACCUUUGACGCAAAAGCGAAAGCUGCGGAUUUACAUCUCCAAUACUUUUACACCUGGCAAAGAAGAAUCUGAAGGCAGUGAGCGCAUAGCCUCGUGGGAACUUCGUGUGGAGGGGAAACUCUUGGAUGAUCCAAGCAAGCAGAAGAGGAAAUUCUCGUCCUUUUUCAAGAGCUUGGUCAUCGAGCUGGACAAAGAAUUGUAUGGUCCAGACAACCACCUUGUAGAGUGGCACCGGAUGCCUACAACCCAAGAAACAGAUGGCUUCCAAGUUAAGCGUCCAGGUGAUGUCAAUGUGAAAUGCACCUUGCUUCUCAUGCUGGACCAUCAGCCUCCACAGUACAAACUGGACCCCCGUCUGGCUCGCCUCCUGGGUGUUCACACUCAGACCCGGGCCAGCAUCAUGCAAGCUUUGUGGCUCUACAUCAAACACAACAAGUUGCAGGACAGCCAUGAGAAAGAAUUCAUCAACUGCAAUCGCUACUUUCGGCAGAUCUUUAACUGCAUCCGCAUGCGAUUCUCUGAGAUCCCCAUGAAGCUAGCAGGGCUCCUGCAACAUCCAGAUCCCAUUGUGAUCAACCAUGUGAUCAGUGUGGAUCCUCAUGACCAGAAAAAAACUGCCUGCUAUGAUAUUGAUGUGGAAGUGGAUGAUCCCUUGAAAGCCCAAAUGAGCAACUUUUUGGCAUCCACCACCAACCAGCAAGAAAUCGCCUCCUUGGAUGUCAAGAUCCAUGAAACUAUUGAGUCCAUCAACCAGCUGAAGACACAGCGAGAUUUCAUGCUGAGUUUCAGCAACAACCCCCAGGACUUCAUACAAGAAUGGAUCAGAUCUCAGCAGAGAGAUUUAAAGAUCAUCACAGAUGUGGUUGGCAACCCAGAAGAGGAAAGGCGUUCUGAGUUCUAUCAGCAGCCAUGGAUGCAAGAAGCUGUUGGCAGACACAUUUUUGCCAAGGUUCAGCAGCGCAGACAAGAACUGGAACAAGUCCUUGGAGUUCGCCUUACUUAGUGUUGACAUCUUUUUCAUCUCUUCUGCACCUUGUGGUACUUUUGGAGUGGACUGACAGGCAGACUAUGCUUGUCGAAAAUCCUCUAUCCCUAACAGGGCUGGGGGAAGUUAUGCUGCCUGCCUCUGCUGCUCUUACUGUUAAGGGGGAAAAGGGGAGGGGCACAUUUUCAGGUAUUCUCCUGAGACUAAACAAGAGUUAAAGCCUCCUUUUAAAGCGGGAAAUGAGCUCCUUCCCUGACAAGACCCCAACUCUUCCUGUGCGCUUUGCCUCUGGGACACUGGGAUUUUUUUGUUUUGUUUUGAGUUGCCUUCUACCUCUUAGCUGAGCCUCAGCAGUCUCUCUUGCAACGCAAGAAGGUUGCUGCUGCUGCUGCUGCUGUUGCUGCUCACUGUUUAACCAAAGCUUUGUCCAUUCCAAAUUGCCAGUCCUGCUGGCAUAUAGUCUGUUGCACUAUCUCUUUAUUUGUGGGGACCAUUUUUUAAAAAUAUUUUUGUAUUGAGGAAGGUUGUUUAAUAUGUACUGAGUUGGCCCCUUUCCACCCUAUGCAACUGGUGUGGUGUGGUCUCAAAGGAAUGGGGGUUUGCUCGGGCUUUCGCUGUUAAUGACAAUCAGUUUUUUUAUUUCUUACUUGGCUCUCCAGUGUUUAUGAGAUUGAGAAGCUGGAGAGUGGGGACCAGUUGUGCUGUGGAGAGUCCAUUUAUUGCUUCAGGAAUCAUUACUGAGGCUACCAGUCAAGGGGAAUCAGGUAACAUUUGCCUCAGCCAUCUCAGGCCCCUCUCAAGUGCCUUCACUCCCCAAGGCCCUGACCUCUCAGCACUUAAAAUGUAGAAGAUUUUCUUCCUGCUUUGUGGCCCUUCUCUUGAGAUGUAUGUGGCCAAGUAGGAGCUGAUGGAAUGUUCACUGAUUUAUGAGCAAAGAUGUUGUGUUUUCUGUUUCUAUGUUGAAUGUUUUCUAAUAAAAAUAUACUUAAGCAGUA